GAGAAAUCGACGACAACAUCGAACGACCCCAAACAACGAUCGACGGUCAAAGUACGAUCCGGUCGCGACCACAGCAAAGAAAGAAGAGAAGAUGCCGUUUCCAAAACGCAAGGCGAGCCGAGCCGACGACCGAAGCCGGCCCACGAAGGGAAGAUCCGAUUUGUCCUCACGCGCUCCCCUUCCCCGGCGACUCUCCCUCUCUCUCUCUCUCUCCUCCCCUUUCCCGUAUUGCCCCUCAUCACCAUUACGCACGCGUCUCGUAUUCGUCACCGGCAGCCAAACACCGACCGCAAUUUCCCCUACCCUUCUCUCCCUCUCUCUCGAAAUCCCUCUCCCGAUCGGAACCAAAAAACCCUAGCACCGCCGCCGCCGCUGCUGCUCCGGUGACCCGCCACCGCCGACGCCGCCGCCGACGCCGACGCCUCCUUCCAUGGGGGAACUGAUCGAGUACGUCUCCCCGUCGCCCUCCCAGAACGCCCGCCCCUUGCCCGUCCGCGAGGACUGCUGGAGCGAGGAGGCCACCGCCACCCUCAUCGAGGCCUGGGGCCGCCGCUACGUCGAGCUCAACCGCGGGAACCUCCGCCAGAAGGACUGGCAGGAGGUCGCCGACGCCGUCAACGCCCUCCACGGCCACUCCAAGAAGACCCACCGCACCGACGUCCAGUGCAAGAACCGGAUCGACACCGUCAAGAAGAAGUACAAGAUCGAGAAGACUAGGAUCUCGUCCUCCAGCGGAGGGCUCGCCUCUCCGUGGGUCUUCUACGACCGGCUCGACGCGCUGAUCGGAUCCAGCUCCUCCUCCUCCUCGGCGGCGAAGAAGGCCUCGCCGUCGCCGUCGGUGUCCCCCCUGUCGCCGCCGGUGGCCCUGCCGCUUCCUUACAAGAAGACGCCGUCCCCGGUGGUGGCGGCCGUGGCGCUGCCGCAGAAGAGGCCGGCGGAGAGGGGGGACGAGGGCUACUUCAGGAGGAAUUACUCCGAGGUCGCGGCUGCUGCGGCCGCGGCAGGGGUCGAGGAUGAGGAUGAAGAUGAGGAGGAGAGAGAUGAGGAUAGGGAUAGCGAGGAAGAUGAAGUAGAGGGGAUGAGGAGACUGGCGAAGGCCAUCGAGAGGUUCGGAGAGGUGUAUCAGAGGGUGGAGGCUGAGAAGCUGAGGCAAAUGGUGGACUUGGAGAAGCAGAGGAUGCAGUUUGCUAAGGAUUUGGAAGUGCAGAGGCUGAAGAUGUUUAUGGACACGCAGGUUCAGCUCGAGAGGAUAAAGCACGCCAAGCGCUCAGGCUCUGAUGAUAUUUAUAGCUAGCCUUAUGGAAGUGAUGCUGGUCUCGCCUGCCCUGUUGCGAGCAUAGUUGUAGUUCCCUGCAUUGUACUACUAAGUGCGCGUGGAAGUCCAGCUGAUACCAUUGUCACAAAAUUAUAGGCGGAGAAGAUUGUCGGAGUAAUUUAAAGUUCAUUUUGCAAACCUAAUUAUGGCAUAGUUUUUCUCGUGCAAUUUCUGCCUAUCUGCCUGCCUGCCCUAGUAGUUGUACUACCAUAACAAUGUGAGUCUGUUCUUUUUCUUUUUCUUUUUCGUUUUCUCUUGAUGUUGCCCCUUCUUCUUUACUCAUUUUUCUUGUCAGUAUCGUCUUUAGGAAUCGUUGUUAAUGAAUGAUUUAGGUGAGUCCUGACUCUUUAAUUAAUUGAAGUAGCUAGUGUUGUAGAAAA